GGCUUCCUCUCCACCGCUCUCCAAGGAAGCUGGGGGGGGGAGAAAGAGGAGGAGGAGGGGGCCGCAUUCAGACAGGGCACCGAACCAGAGUUACAGGUCGCCGGCCACCUCUGGGGCCGGGUCCUGUCUGAACACGUGCAACCCGGCCUGGCAACCGAAGCACAGGGCCCCCUUUACCAUCUCCCGACCCGGACUCAGGAGCUGGGGGGCGGCGGCGGCUGCUGCUCGCUUCGCCGGAGGGGGGCCGCCCGGGGCCGAGCUGUCACUCCCCGCCAGGCAUCGGCCCCCGCCCCCUUCGGGCUCCGGGCCAAUCGCCCGCCACUUCCUGGAGCGGCGGAGCCACGCCCACAGCCUGGCGUCCACAUGGCGGCACAAGUGGGCGGAACCAGCUCGGGGACCAGCGGGGGCCGGGGGAUCCCCCCACCCGCCUCUGGAGUUCCCCGAGGAGCUGGGGAGGGGCGUCGUCGUCCUCAGGGCACAGACCGCGGCUCUAAGCUGGCUCCUGCUACGUCUGAAUGGGGCGGGGAGGACACGCAUCCACCCAGCACCGCCCGCUCGCCCGCCCGCCCGCUCACCCUCCCGCAGGACCACGGCCAGGCCCUCGCGGGGAUCCGGCCGGGGCUGACUGGGGGGCUGCUGCGGCCGCCUCCGCCGCGCCCUUCCUCCUCCUGGCCGCAGCGGCCGACUCAUGGCGGGCACUUCAGAGGGAGAAGGAAGAGGAAGGAGCCCCGGAAGCGGAGGGGAGCCGCUUCCGGGCCAGGGCGGCGGAGGAGCAAGAUGGCGGCUGGGGAAGGGCCGGGAGCGGGGCCCGGGGCGGCGAAGGCGGCGCCGCUGUCGCUGCUCCUGCUGCUGGCAGGUCUGGCUGCCGCCGGGAAGAUGAAGGUGGUGGAGGAACCCAACAGCUUCGGGCUGAACAACCCGUUCCUGCCCCCGUCCAACCGGCUCCAGGCCAAGGUGGCUCCGUCUCCGGCGUCAGGCCCCGAGCACCUCCUCCGACUGGCCGGCAAGUGCUUCAGCUACGUGGAGUCCAUGUACAAGUAUGAGUUCUGCCCCUUCCACAACGUCACUCAGCACGAGCAGACCUUCCGGUGGAAUGCCUACAGUGGGAUCCUCGGAAUCUGGCAUGAAUGGGAAAUUGAAAACAACACAUUUGUUGGCAUGUGGAUGAGACACGGAGAUUCAUGUGAAGCCAGGAACAGACAGACAAAGGUUCUUCUUGUGUGUGGAACCAGCAACAGAUUGGCUCACGUAUCUGAACCCAGCACUUGUGUUUAUUCUCUCACAUUUGAAACGCCACUGGUUUGUCAUCUACACUCUCUCUUAGUGUACCCUUCCUUGCCUGAAGUGCUUCGGAGAAAGUGGGAUGAAGCAGAGCAGUUGCUGUACGAGGAGCUCAUCACCCAGCAGGGAUACAAGAAAAGGCUACGAGAGAUAUUUGAAGAAGCCAGAUUUUUAAAAUCAACAAGACGGAGUGGGAGUGAGAGAGAACAUCAAACACGGCAACAUCUGGAAUUUGACUCCAUAGAAAAGUGCAACAAGGUGGAAACCAUCAUAAGCAUGUCGCUCAGGCACUAGUGACGGAAAAGCCACCUCUUACCACCAGUUCACAGGUUGAUCGGCACCUGCACGGAGACACAGGCAUUGGGAGGGACGCCCUGUGAGGAAAUUCUACCUGGAAAUGCUCAGCACAGAAUCUCUCGUGGCAAUGGAUUUCAUCCCCAUUAUGUGGUUCUCUGAACCCUUCCUUGAGGAGAGAACUGGUUACAUCGGAGACGAUGUUCUUUGCAGGCCAGCAUCUGAUGUACUUUCAAAUCUGCUUCUGGUUCGAGGCUUGUCCUGCACUGGGGUGAAGUGAGGUGGGGCCCUCGGCUCGUCUUCUGCCUGGAGAAGCACAGCCGGCCUGCUGGGGGCCUGGGCUUGUGCUUUGCAAGGGUCUGCUCUGGUGCCUCAGGCCAGAGGAACUGCCAACUGCUUCCAGGCCUGGUGACUAGUGUGCGCUCCAGCUCCCUUCAGUGGAGACUCUGACCUCAUGCUGCUGCCCCCCACCCCACCCCCGCAAAGAGCUGCCUGCGCUUGGUGGGAGGUUUUGCCCAGCAAAAGGUGUCUUUGAUGCAACAAGACCUUGUCUGGGGAUUUUUAAAUAAAGAUGCAGAGCUGAAAGCA